CCAAGAAUACCUUGAGAUGUCAAACUGGACACAGCUUACGUAGAAACAUCAUCUGUUUUCAGAAAUCACACAUGGUUACAACUUGGAAACAGAUGAAUAUUGAGCAGAUGGAAGGAACCUCCUCACAUGUUGACGUAGGGGUGACCCGGCUCUUUGUCUAGCUCCGAUGAUGUCAGCGCCUUCUUCUUGAACCUUCACGAGUGUGCACAGUUGCGCCUGACUCCAUGCACUCUGAUUCUUAACGCCUCAUACCAACAACUCGAGGAUUUUCACUUCACGAUCUUACCGUCACGGUCCAACACGCGUCCAGCCAGAUACAACAUGGCAGACUCUCAGCGAGCGGCAACGCCACCGAGAGCAGCUCGACCAGGCUCGAUACCACGAUCGCCAAUGACGCCAGAGAAGAUUCGCCGAAUGGAACAAGCGCGACUGAAAGCGAAAGCACUACGAUCACAGCAACUCGCCGCGAGUCAAGAAGCACCAGCGAACCGAACGCCUUCAGGCUUUAUAGCCGGACAGAAACGACCACACGUCACCCUAUCUGGGUCUUCCGUUCAGCCAAAUCAACGCGACGCACGACAGGCCCAGUCUGGCGACAAAGAUGGCUUCAGUAAACCCGCACGCGACUCAGGCAUCGAGCCGGCCAAAAAGUUCCAGAAGUUUGUCGAAUACGACUUCAGUAAGAUGACGGACACGAAGGGAGGAUUCUUGACUGCCGAGGACGAUCCGCACAACAGAGCAUUGCACACACCAAACCAAGAGCAGAAGCCGGCCAACAUGACGUUGAAGGAAUGGGAAAAGGCGCAGUUGAUCAAGAAGCUGAAGAAUGAGAAGGCAGGACCCUAUGAGCCGGGACUCAGUGCGCUAGGUGGUGCAAAGGAGCAGAAGAAGUGCAGAGAGUGUGGCACACUGGAGAUUGACUGGAAGUGGGACGACGUGUUCGGGUGUCAGGUGUGCAAGGCGUGCCAGGACAAGCUGCCAGACAAGUACAGUCUGCUCACGAAGACGGAGGCACGAGAAGACUACCUACUCACGGAUCCCGAACUCAAGGACGAGCAACUACUGCCACGACUGGAGAAGCCGAACCCGCACAAGUCGACAUGGAACAACAUGAUGUUAUACCUGCGGUAUCAGGUAGAAGAGUAUGCAUUUUCGGACAAGAAGUGGGGCAGCGCGGAAGCGCUGGACGAGGAGUUUUUCAAGAGCAAGCUCAACGAUCUGAAGAGGAGAACGCGAGUGGAUGCGUACAAGCGCCAAAAGGCGGGGGUCGAAGGAGGAAACUUCGGAGACAAGCUUUGGGGCUCAAAGCAUGAACAUGAAUGGGGUCGAGCGGUCGAGAAGCCGGAGACGGGCGCCACGGUCAAGACUUGUGUCGAGUGUGGCAUGGAGGUCGAGGAACUGGAGUUUUGACAGAGCGCAUGGACGGUGAAGACGGAUCAGAAUCAGAUACCCCUUAAUACGAUCAAGAGCUGUCAGACGUGCAUAUUCAUUGGCCGAGCGGUGAUCGG